AUGAUGUCUUAUCUCAAGCAGUCCCCGUACGGGAUGAACGGACUGGGCCUGAGCGGGGCCAUGGACCUGCUGCACCCGUCUGUGGGUUACCCUGGCAACCCGCGGAAGCAGCGCCGGGAGCGGACCACCUUCACCCGGACUCAGCUGGACAUCUUGGAGUCGCUGUUUGCUAAAACGCGCUACCCGGACAUCUUCAUGAGGGAAGAGGUGGCGCUGAAAAUCAACCUGCCGGAGUCCAGAGUGCAGGUCUGGUUUAAAAACAGGAGAGCAAAGUGUCGGCAGCAGCAGCAGAGCAGCAACAGCGCCAAGGUGAAACCAAUGAAGAAGAAGUCGUCUCCGACCAGAGAGAGCACCGGGUCAGAGAGCAGCGGCCAGUUCACCCCGCCGGCCGUGUCCAGCUCCUCCUCCACCUCCUCCUCCUCAUCCUCCUCUUCUUCCUCCUCCAUCUCCUCUGGACUGGGAGGACCCGGUAUGAUCAGCACCUCUACCUCCGUCACCGCCCCGGUGUCGUCCAUCUGGAGCCCGGCGCCCAUCUCCCCGGCCCCGGCGCCCGCCUCUCUGCCGGACGCCGCCGCCCCCACCAGCGCCUCCUGCAUGCAGCGCUCCGUGUCGUCUUCCACCACCGGGGGAACGUCGUCCUACCCGGUGUCUUACAGCCAGACGGCGGCGGCGUACAGCCAGGGUUACCCGGGCUCGGCGUCCGGCUCUUACUUCAGCGGCGUAGACUGCGGCUCGUACCUGGCGCCCAUGCACUCCCAUCACCACCCGCACCACCAGCUCAGCCCCAUGACGGGCGGCUCCAUGUCGGGACACCCGCACCAUCAUAUCAGCCAGACGUCAGGGCACCACCACCAUCACCACCAUCCGUCACACCACCACCAGGCGUACAGCGCGCCCGGCCUCGCCUUCAACUCCACAGACUGUCUGGAUUACAAAGAGCAGUCGGCGGCGUCGGCGGCGGCCUGGAAACUCAACUUCAACGCCGCCGACUGUUUGGACUACAAAGACCAGGCCUCGUGGCGUUUCCAAGUGCUGUGA